GGUUGUUUUUCACAAAGCUGCUCUUAAAGUGAGGUGGCAGCGCGCAGCAGCCGUCUUUGUAGGGAGACCGCAGCGCCGGGCAGCCGCGCCGCGCCGCGCCGCGCCGCCGGCAGCCGCGAGGGCUGGGGCUUUCCAGGCAAUCCCGAUGACGGGCUGGUAGGGCACACGCUGGUCCUGCCGGCAAGCUCUUUGCACGGCAGAGGCGUUGAUCAGUGUGAAGUGAAGAUCGCAUUUUAUAUGAGAUCUUGACUUUUUUUUUCUUACAGUAUAUUUUUAUACACUUUGUUAUAAAACAUGGUGCUGGGGAAGGUGAAGAGUUUGACAAUAAGCUUUGACUGUCUCAAUGACAGCAAUGUCCCCGUCUAUUCUAGCGGGGACACAGUCUCAGGAAGGGUCAAUUUAGAAGUUACUGGGGAAAUUAGAGUAAAAUCUCUUAAAAUUCAUGCAAGAGGACAUGCAAAAGUACGUUGGACUGAAUCUAGAAAUGCUGGAUCCAACACUGCCUAUACACAAAAUUACACUGAAGAAGUAGAAUAUUUCAACCAUAAGGACAUCCUAAUUGGGCACGAAAGAGAUGAUGACAAUUCUGAAGAAGGCCUUCACACUCUUCAUUCAGGAAGGCAUGAAUAUGCAUUCAGCUUUGAGCUUCCACAGACACCACUUGCUACCUCAUUCGAAGGCAGACAUGGCAGUGUGCGCUAUUGGGUGAAAGCCGAAUUGCAUAGGCCUUGGCUUCUACCAGUAAAAUUAAAGAAGGAAUUUACAGUCUUUGAACAUAUAGAUAUCAACACUCCUUCAUUACUGUCACCCCAAGCAGGCACAAAAGAAAAGACUCUCUGUUGUUGGUUUUGUACCUCAGGCCCAAUAUCCUUAAGUGCCAAAAUUGAAAGGAAGGGCUACACCCCAGGUGAAUCAAUUCAGAUCUUUGCUGAGAUUGAGAACUGCUCUUCCCGUAUGGUGGUGCCAAAGGCAGCCAUUUACCAAACACAGGCAUUCUAUGCCAAAGGGAAAAUGAAGGAAGUCAAACAGCUUGUUGCCAACCUGCGUGGGGAGUCCCUGUCGUCUGGCAAAACAGAAACCUGGAAUGGCAAAGUGUUGAAAAUUCCACCUGUUUCCCCUUCAAUUCUUGACUGUAGUAUAAUCCGUGUGGAGUAUUCACUAAUGGUGUAUGUUGAUAUUCCAGGAGCCAUGGAUUUAUUCCUUAACUUACCACUGGUCAUUGGCACCAUUCCUCUACACCCAUUUGGUAGCAGAACAUCAAGUGUGAGCAGCCAGUGUAGCAUGAACAUGAAUUGGCUCAGUCUGACACUGCCUGAAAGACCAGAAGCACCUCCUAGCUAUGCAGAAGUGGUCACAGAGGAACAGAGACAGUCCAGCCUUGCACCCAUAGCUGCUUGUGAUGACUUUGAGAGAGCGCUUCAAGGACCAUUAUUUGCAUACAUCCAGGAGUUUCGCUUUCUGCCUCCACCCCUCUAUUCAGAAAUUGAUCCAAACCCAGAUCAGCCCACAGAUGACAGACCAUCUUGCCCCUCUCGUUGAAGGAAUCCAUAAUAAGCUGACUUGACUUGGGUUUUGAAUCAUAUCUGCCGUGUUGAAGAUCAAGGCGUCAUAGUGGAGACACACCUUCAAAGGAAGUGGUAUUGCUCUUGCCUAUAUGGUGAACAAAUGAAAACAACCUGUGAUCACGCUUAAGAAGCCUACAGCAACAUCAUAGGACUGCUCCACAUGCUUGAAGAUCUGAGCUUUCUUUCCCCCUUAAAUACUGGCACAUACUAGGAGCAGCCUUAACUAGCCUACAGUCAUGUGUGUCAAAACACUCACCACGUUGUAAGAGAGGGAUGGCUUCCUAUUAUGAUUUGAAAAUUUGCACAUGCUCAUUGCUUACGUUGUGCGGUUCAGUGUCACUACAGCUUUUUCUCAUUUAUGCCUGACUGUUACCCCCUCUUACUUGUUCGUGGUCCGCACAACAAGGAGCAAAAGAAAGCUUUGACAAAAAAAAAAAAACAGCAACAAAGACUUUGACAAAUGCACUGACUUACUUUUUUUUUUUUUUUUUUUUUUUUUUUUUUUUUUUUUUUUUUUUUUUUUUUUUUUUUUAAUUUAAUGUAGCCUGGACUUUACCUGCAUAUGCACAUGCUCAGAAUUGUCCUAAUAGGCUGAUCAUGUAUCACCUCUUCAGCUUGGAUCCUAUUGUGGAUUUAUUUACAAACAUCAAAUGCCUUCAAGCCAAUCCUUCUUGCUGUAUGUUUUGCAGCCUACUGUAGUAGAUAAGCAACAGAUAUGUGGGGUGGGGGUAGGGGGGGAGAUAACAGAAGGAAACUAAUAAGAGACACUGUCAGGAUUGUAUACCUUCUUGAUUUCUUUUAAAAAUUUGUUGCCUUUCUACUAUUAUUGCAAAGCAGCAUUUUGUUACAGACUGCCUAAAAAUCACUUAAUCUCAGGUGAACUCAUCACUUGCCAAACUGUUGGAAUGCUAUUUGUUUUGUUAUGUUGCACUGUUGAGUUACUUUUUUUUUGUUUUGUGUUUGUGUUCUGUUUUUGUUCUUUACUUGAGAGGGGGAUUUGGAAUAGGGACAUACACAAAAGUUACAAAACCCACCUGCAUUCCCUUCUUAACUUCCUGUAUUACAAAAAAGAGAUGGUCAAGUUGUGAAGCUUUAAAAAAAGAAAAAAAAGAAAAGGCACAAGUGAAAGGAGCACCAGCAGACACUGGCUAAGAGUCAAAAAAAUCUUAAAAGACAUAGUCAUAUACUGUCCAGGAUUCCUGGGCAGAGAGAUUUCUCAGCUAGUAGGGAUGGGAAGGGAAAGUAAAUUUAUUUUUUUACAUAGUUACCUAAUCACCAAAAAUUCUAUACCUUUAUAUAAGGAGUCUCUAGUAGAAAGUAUAUUUCAGACUACAAGAAGAGCUUGGACUAUGGAAAAAGACAGCUCAGUUUGUGCACUUUGGAUUAUCUUCAGGGUUUACAAUACUGUAAAAAUACUAUGACUAGAAGUAUAAUGAAACUGGGCCACAAUAUCAGUGUUACCAGCUGUACUCAAAUACUAGUUAACUGAGAAUUACUUUAAUUGCAUCUCCUGGGGUACUCUCGAGAGCUUUAAAACAAAAACCCCAAACAUACAUUCAUUCAGAAGGCAAGAAAUAACACAAAGAGUACUCACUCCCUGAGUGUACCCCAAAGACAGAGGUGAAGAAACGGUGUGAUGGAGCCAUUAGAUCCGCUAAUACAAAUACCAGCACUUAACAUGCUAGAGCCUUGGGAAAGUCAGCCUUCCUUUUCAAAAAUCACAUAACAGAGACUACUCGCAAAAGGACGCACUUCUGGUUGACUACUUAAAUCGAGAUCUAAUCCAUCAUGUAUCUCUUCAUGCAAUAAAACAGCUCAGAAGGGAGGAGGAGAGGGAAAGCUGGUGUUCCUGCAUGGUGCUUAUUUUUACAAAAAUGGCCUUGUUUUUAAGGCUUCAUAAAAUGACAAAAUAGGCUUUUCCAUAAGUGGCCUUUAUGAGAACAUGAAAGGUAUUUCAUGUUUCAGAAAUGAUGACAGGGUGAAAAAGUAUAAAUAUGAGUCGCGUUUUAAGUGAUUCAGUUAGAAGGUUUCGGCUUUGAUAAGCAAGAUUACUGGAUAAUAAGGAAACUGGGUGAUGUCCGUUAUUAGGCCAUUUUGUGAAUGUCCCUUUCCUGUACCCUCUCCAACCAGACAAAAAAAAAGCUGAUGGGAUCGUUGGCAUAAAAGGGCAUUUGGUGGUUUUACUUUUUUUUCCUUUUUUUUUUGUUUUUUUUUUUUUUUAAACAGACUAGGGAACAAUUGCUGAUAUACAUAGCAUUAAAGUACUUAUCACGGUAUAAUGGAAAAUUGCAUAUAAAGCAGGAUUGACCAGUAUCAUAGUAAUUGGCAUUGCAUCACAGCCUUUGUGAUCAGAGUGAAAAAUUCUAAAACUUUAUCAAAUAAAGACUUUCCAUUUAAGCUAUUUUGUUAGGUUUUUUAGAGGCAUUACUAUUCUUCCACAAAUAUUGGUCAGUUCUCGGCAUUAUAAAACAUGAGGUUCACAGUUGUAGCCCAGUAUUUGAUAUAGAAUCCUGAUCUGAAUUAGGGAAAAAAUAAGUAAAAUCCAAACAUUAGAGAAACAAAGUGCAAUAUUAAAUGUUUGCUUUAUAGAUUAUAUUCUAUGGCUGUUUGUACUUCUCUUUUCUUUUUUUGUUUUUAGUUUUGGUGCUGAAUAUGUCCUUGUAGACUCUGUUUCAAGAAAACAAUAUGUGGAAAACAAUUUAAUUUUUCCUAUUGCUCUUCCUUGUGGAAAAUAAACUUUUUUUUAAAAAAAAAA